UGACUGGGGAGAGAGCUGCUGGCAUGGAAGUGAGCUGGGUUUGUCCGUGGGAACUGUGAGUAAGAUUACCAUUAAAAUUUGCUCUCAAAUGGAUGUGAGCAGCAUUUGCCUUGGACAGGAAAUAUAUCAAGGAGGAGGCAGGCACAUUCUAGCCAAAUUGUAACUGAAGAAAAGCAAAUACUUUGUAUGGCAGUUGCCAUCACGAAAGCCAAAGUGGAUUUCUCCGGUGUGGUGUGCCUGCCCCCUUCCGUCAUUGCUGGAAAUGGGCUGGACGGAGGAGGGGCUGGCGAAAAUGACGAUGAGCCGGUGCUGGUGUCCCUUUCGGCGGCCCCCAGCCCUCAGAGCGAAGCUGUUGCCAAUGAGCUGCAGGAGCUCUCCUUGCAGCCCGAGCUGACCCUCAGCCUCCAUCAUGGCCGAAACCCCAACCUUCCUCCGCUCAGUGAAAGGAAGAAUGUGCUGCAGUUGAAGCUCCAGCAGCGACGCACACGGGAGGAGCUGGUGAGCCAAGGGAUCAUGCCGCCUCUGAAAAGCCCAGCUGCAUUUCAUGAACAAAGAAGGAGUUUGGAGCGGGCCAGGACAGAGGACUAUCUGAAACGGAAAAUCCGGUCCAGGCCAGAGAGAUCGGAGCUGGUUAGGAUGCACAUUCUGGAAGAGACCUCGGCCGAACCCUCCUUGCAGGCCAAGCAGCUGAAGCUAAAGAGAGCCAGACUGGCAGAUGACCUCAAUGAGAAGAUAGCGCAGAGGCCAGGUCCCAUGGAGCUGGUGGAGAAGAACAUCUUGCCUGUGGAAUCCAGCCUGAAGGAAGCCAUUAUAGUUGGACAGGUGAACUACCCAAAGGUUGCAGACAAUUCCUCCUUUGACGAGGACAGCAGUGAUGCCCUCUCCCCCGAACAGCCAGCCAGCCAUGAGUCCCAGGGGUCUGUCCCAUCGCCGAUGGACUCCCGGAUUUGUGAGCCUCUCCCUAGCACCACUGGCACAUCACUAGCUCAGGGUACAUCCCAAUUGCAGAUCAGUGCAGACUCCAAUGAAACACUUUUCCUACCCGAACAGCCCCCCCCGCCUCUGCCACCUCCACCUCUCCUGCCCCCUAGUCUUACCAAUGGAGCGGCUCUUCCUGCUGCCAAGCCCCCACCGACGCUCAUUAAGCAAAGCCAGCCCAAGUCUACCAGUGAGAAGUCUCAGCGCAGUAAGAAAGCCAAGGAGUUGAAGCCGAAAGUCAAGAAGCUUAAAUAUCAUCAGUAUAUCCCCCCGGACCAAAAGCAGGACAAGGGAGCUCCUCCCAUGGAUUCAUCCUAUGCCAAAAUACUGCAGCAGCAGCAACUCUUUCUCCAGCUUCAGAUCCUCAACCAGCAGCAGCAGCAGCACUACAACUACCAGACCAUCCUGCCAGCUCCACCGAAGCCUCCAGGAGAGCAGCAGAGUGGUGCCAGUGCCCCUGCCGUACGCAAUCUCUCUGCCACAGUCAGUAGCACCUCUUCAGUAUCCUCCGGUUCCAGCGGGCUGAUGCGACAGAACAGUAACGCUGCAGUGGGCAAGCCAGGCCCUCUCCCUGCCAACCUAGAUGAGAUGAAGGUAAACGUUGGUGCUGCUGGCAGUCCUGUGAAACUGCACGGCCCUUUUUUUUUUGGCCAUUUUCAGUGGGGAGUCAACGCUGAGCAAUGUUGCUGCCCCAGAGCAGAGCUGGCAGGAGCUGAUGGUAAGGGCUGGCGUUGCUGCCCUGCAGUUCGUACCGGAGGUGCGGGCGUGUUGGCCUGCAGGGGGUCACUUGGCCCUUUCCCUGUGGCUCUGGUAGCUGUUAACAGUUGUUCUGGUUAUAGCGCGUGCUCUCUUAAUGUUGCCCUCUUUCCCCCCCAUCAGGUGGCAGAGCUGAAGCAGGAGUUGAAGCUGAGGGCCUUGCCUGUCUCGGGCACAAAGACGGACCUGAUUGAGCGUCUCAGAGCCUACCAAGAGCAGAACGGUGCGGCCGGCCCAACCACCCCCACUCCCAAGCCCAGCGCUGCAGCCAUUCUCCCCAAAGCUGCCGAAGUGGUGGUGGCCUUCCCUGCCGCCAGGCUGAGCACGGGGCCAGCCCUGGUCACCACGGGCAUUGCACCAGCAGAAGUGGUCGUGGCCACAGUCACCGGUGGCAGCGUGAUGAAGUUCGGCAGCACGGGCUCGACUCCUCCCGUUUCUCCCACUCCUUCUGAGCGCUCGCAGAUGAGCACGGGGGACGAGAACUCGGCCACCGGAGACGCCUUUGGAGAGAUGGUGACCUCACCCCUGACCCAGCUCACCCUGCAGGCCUCUCCAGUGCAGUUUCUGGUGAAGGAAGAAAGCUCCAAGCCUUCCUCCUGCAGCGUAAACGCGGCACCCAGGUCAGAGCGGUGCGGCACUGGUAACAGCAGAGAUGCAGAAGUUAGGGACAAGGACCAGAUGCUGCAGGAGAAGGACAAGCAGAUUGAGGAACUCACCCGCAUGCUGAAGCAGAAGCAGCAGCUGGUUGAGAUGCUCAGACUACAGCUGGAGCAGGAGAAGCGCUCUCAGCAGUCACUACCGGCCCCAGCGGCUGCGGGAGAAAGAGCAGCCCUCGCCUCCAGCCCAGCAGCGUUCGGCAUCCAGGUGAAGAGCGAGAACGGUUUCCUGAGCUGCCAGUCCGCAAAGCCAACCAGUGGCCAAACCGACCAAUUCAGCCCCGCACCAGCCGCUAGCCAAAUGGACACUUCGAAUCCAAGCCCAGUGCCAAAGAAAGCCGUGAUGGUGAAGCAGGAGGUGCCAGCCGCGGAAGCAGAGCCCCCGUGCCAGUCCCACAGCCCGCGGCUCUUCCUUGGCCAGCAAGGGAGCGCCCUGAGCGACCUGAUCAAGGGCAGCCCGCCCCCCACCCUCAUCACCGACUCCACCGGGACCCACAUCGUGCUCACCGUGACCAAGCAGAGCGCCGAGAGGCAGGGCCUCUCGCCCCACGGGAAGGCAGGGAGUAGCUGCCCGGCCUUGCAGAGAGUACAAUCAUCGCCCGCUAAAACUUCCAGCCAACCGCAGUGUCAGCUACCUGCAAGCACUCCUCAGCAGCCCACGCAGCAGAAGCAGCAGCAGCAGCCCACGCAGCAGCAGAAGCAGCAGCAGCAGCCCCGAGGACUAAACCAACCUGUCAGAAAGGGUCAGAAGCCAGGCCUGCAGGUGGUCACAGGGCAGCAGCCCCACACCAUACUGUCUUUCUCAGCACCUCCAAACCUGCAGCCCUUCUUCCUCAACGGUUUCCACAAAGGGUCCCUGAAAACUGGUGCUCCUGGCAAGGCCGGCCAACCCAGUGUGCCAGAAAAGCCCUCAUCCCAGCCUGGCUCUCCUGCUGCCCCCUCCCCAUCCCACAUGGACCUGGAGCAGCAGCAGCAGCAGCAGCACACGUCGCUUUUUGGAACUCCUCCACCUCCUCUCCCUGUUCCCUCGGUCCCAAUGAAAGAGCCACCAGGCUAUGAAGAGGCCAUGAAGCAACAGCCAAAGGCCCAGGAGAACGGCUGCUCCAGCCAGCAGAUGGAUGACCUGUUCGAUAUCCUCAUAGAGAGUGGAGAGAUUUCUGCUGACUUCAAGGAGCAGUCGUCCCCAGCUGGAAAAGACCCACCCGCGGCCCCCGCCUGCUCCUCGCCGCCCAGCAGCCACCAUUCCUCGGAGCUGGCGGUGCCGGGCUCCCUGGGGCAGCCGGUGCCCGUGGGCCGGCUGGAGGACUUCCUGGAGAGCAGCACCGGCCUCCCGCUGCUGACGGCAGGCCACGACGGUCCGGAGCCCCUGUCCCUGAUUGAUGACCUCCACAGUGAGAUGCUGAGCAGCUCGGCCAUCCUGGACCACCCGCCUUCGCCUAUGGACACCUCGGAAUUGCACUUUGCUCACGAGCCGGCCGGGGGCAUAGCCCUGGAUCUGGCUGAGGCUAACUUGGACAGCAUGGACUGGCUGGAGCUGCCGGGGGGGUCCGUCAUGAGCCUGGCUCCCCUCAGCACCGCGGCUCCCAGCCUCUUUUCCACAGACUUCCUUGAUGGACAUGAUCUGCAGCUGCACUGGGAUUCGUGCUUGUAACUCUGUGAGCAGAGACUGAAGGGAACGGGUGUGGGAGGGCACGGGCAUGCAGGGGGAAGAGGCCAGUCAACCAAAAAAAAAAAAACCCACAAAAA